UUUCCAUGCUAACCGCCGUCAAGCUCAAUGUUUGUCGAGCCUCGUCGCAGUCAGGAAGCUUAUAGACUUUCCUUUGCUGCAUCUUCACGUGGGAAAACUCAGUCCAGGCGGUAAGUUGCAACACUUCUCCUUCACUGAAUCUAUGCCUGCCACAGGAGCAAUUGAAGAGUUCCACUUACUUCGUCUGACAAAAGUCCUUGCUUGCUCCAGCAUCGAGAAGUCGAAAUGGACAUCUCUGCAUCCCCGUAUUCUCCAAAGAGAGUGGAUUUUGCAGGUAGCAAGCUCUGCAGGAUCUGUUCGUCAAUCCCGGCGUCAUUCUGGUCAGGCGAGUCAAGAAACAUAGGCGUUAAGCUUCAGCCGUUGGAGUCGAUACGACUUGAAGCACAAAGAGGAUGCCAGCUAUGCGCAAUCCUACUGAUGGGCCCUGACCGUGAUCCUCAUUUUCAGUCAGGGAAUCACAAAACUCUUGAGCUGAAAAGAAAUGCUUUUUAUGCCAUGCCUGAAGACAUGGACGUGGAUCGCUCUUCCUUACUAACACUUCGUGAGGAUACCCUGCGCGGACUGGAUCACGGUUAUCGCAUGAAAAAUCCGCGGGAUUUUGGCUUCUCCCUGGUCCCGUCUCCUUGGUCUGCAUUAAAGCCUGUCAAAAUGGGAGAGCAUGUGGACAAUAUUCAACUUAUCCAGGUCUGGCUGGAAAACUGUCGAGACAACCAUACUCAAUGCUCUAGCAACAUUGAGUGUUUCCUACCUACCCGAAUUCUCGACCUCCAGGCGUUUUCCGACAGCGAGGAUAUCCGUCUAGUCACCAGCACAGCAGAUGACCUCUUCUUUGACGGAAAACCGCCCAAAUAUGUCACAUUGAGCCACUGCUGGGGACCGCCGUCAAAACAGCCGCUCACUACAACAAAGGCAACUCUGAGACAACGCAUGAUGCGAAUCCAUUUCGAAAAGCUCCCACAGACGUUUCAGGACGCUGUGAAAAUAUGUCGCUCCCUGAGGCAGAGAUUUCUGUGGAUCGAUUCCCUAUGUAUCAUCCAGGACGAUGAAGGAGACUGGGCAAAGGAAGCCGCCUUGAUGGCUUCUGUUUACAGCUAUUCUUACUUCACACUCGCAGCUCUGGACUCCAAAGAUAGCAGUGGAGGUUGUAAGAUGGUUGCCGAUAUUCAGAGCUCUUACUCCAACCGUUUUGUUGAUAUUGACUUCUACGGGCUAGAAGAAGGCGGAACGAAGUUCCCUCGUCAGCGACUUCGGGUUUUCGAAGUACCUUCCCUUGAAGACGGAUCUAUCGAAGUCGGACACCUUAACAGUCGCGCCUGGACGUUACAAGAGAGGGAGCUUUCGAGAAGAGUCAUCUCGUUUGCCAGUCAAGGGCUGCUUUGGGAGUGUAACGAGCUCCGGGCAACUUCACAACGGCCGUGGGAAAACAUCGAAAGAUCCGCCACCAGGUCUAUAUACAGGGUACCUCUAGGGGACACGGAGGGACUUUUUAAGAGCAAGGCAACCUGGGACGAUGUCGUGGAGGAUUAUUCGGCACGAUUGUUGACAAAACAAACCGACAGAUUGGUUGCGCUGUCCGGGAUAGCACAAGCGGCACAGGGGUUCUUUCAAGGGGCCACAUAUGUUGGUGGGAUAUGGAGCUCGCUUAUCCCCGAAGGCCUCCUGUGGAGAACCGUGCCGCAACGGCCAAAAGCUACCAAGCUUGCGCAUCAAAAUGACACGGAAUCUGCCUAUAUAGCCCCGAGCUGGUCCUGGGCAUCAGUCACAUCACCGGUGGACUUUAGUUUGGUCCGGGCGUCGGUCAAGGUACCAGAGGAUCUCAAUUUCUCCUUCGGAAGGACGAUUGCCCAACGUCUCACGGUUGAGCAGAUGAUGGGAAUCCCCAAGUAUCAGGACCCGUAUGGUGCGCUUGAAUACGGAGCCCUUGUUCUUAGCGGUGCUCUACUGUUUAACGUUGAUAUCAGCGAUCGGGUCAUGGGCCCACAUGCUGACCUGUUUGUCGGUCUGAUCAAGGAUGGCGUUCGAGUCGGGGAAGUCAGUCUCGAUGCAGCGGAUAUGGUUUCGUCGCUUAGCAGGGGUAAACUAUAUUUUCUAGGUCUUGUUUUUAGUUUCCAUGUUUAUGGCCUUCUUCUCAGAGAAGGAGUGAACCCCGAAGAUGGCUAUACCCGAGUGGGGGUUGGAAUGAUUCGUUAUAGGCGGUCAUUGGCGAUAUUUCCCAAGUGUAGGCCACGUACUAUCAAACUUGUAUGAGGACACUUCACCAAAGUGUUCAUUGCUUGUUGAGAUGACACUCUCACCGACUGAAGUUGGUUGGCUUGCUGGGUCAGGGAAGAUGGGUGUCAGGACUCGGUACCGACCCCUGACCGACGGGCCCGUGCCACACAGCACUUACUCCGCAUAAAGCAUUCUAGAGGGAAGGCGUUGAUAUAUAUACAGAAGGAGCCCACGGAAACAGGAAGGAAGAGGUUAUUCAGAAUGGAAGGCAGUCAGCUGCACGAGGAAGUCAGGUAUUUGGUAAAACCUGGACGGGAGGAAUGGUUUGGGACGAUUCCUGUAUACUCAAGGCUGGCCACCCCAGGCGUCUGGAGGUUCCGAUUUUCCUCCUCAUCUUCAUCUCCAAAAUAAACCCAAUU